UUUUUUUUUUUAGUUUAAUUCUUCUCAGUAGCCAAGAAACGAACUUUUCUUCUUCUUUUGGUGUUUAGAGUAUGGAAAUAUUUUGAAGACAACAUAAGAUUUAAUACACAAUUGCAUUGAUCACUUGGGACCCUAUCCCUUAUCAUUAUGUCUUCUUUUUUCACAGUUCCAGGUGCUCAGAAAAAACGAAAACGUGCACCCGUUACUGACGCGCCGAAAAAACGAGUUGCGAUUUCCAAGUCCUCAAAAUCUUCCAAAACACCGUCAAAGCCUACACCAGCACCCAAAAAACGAGUUGAACGAGUUGAGCGAGAUGAAUCCAUAUCAGGCAGCGAUUCUGAAAGUGACGGGGUUGCCGAUGAGCCCGAAGAAGUCGAAUCGACCUCCGAAUCGGAAAACGAAGGAGAGACAGCAGCAGAGAAGAGGUUGAGGCUAGCCGAGAGAUAUCUUGACAACGUUCGACAAGAGGUAGAUGAGGCAGGCUUCGAUGCUGAAGACAUUGACCGCGAUAUAAUAGCCUCGCGUUUACAGGAGGAUGUUGCUGAAGCAAAGGGAAAAGUAUACCGAACAAUUGCUUCAGAGCUCGCCAUUGACCAAGCAUCUCAUACACUUUUCCGAUCCAAUACACACGCAACGACCUCGGUCGCCAUAUGCGCACCGUAUGUUUACAUCGUUACAAAAGACCAGUGCUUGGUCAAGUGGAAAUUACAGGAAUUGCCCUCCAACCAAUACCCGCAAACUACGAAGAAGAAGCCGAAGAAGCCCCCAGCACCUCCGCGUCGACAGCCAAUUAAGGUUGCAAUGGUAAAGGGGAAUCGCAAAAGGGCAAAUGAUAAAAACUACCAAGGACAUAUAGCCGAUAUACUGUGCGUAGCUGCCUCACAGGACGGCAAGUUUGUUGUCACUGGCGGGGCAGACAAACGCCUAGUUGUCUACGAUGCCAAAUCAUUAAAGCCCCUACGCGUCUUCACACAUCACCGCGAUGCUGUAACGGGUCUAGCUUUCCGACGAGGCUCAAAUCAACUCUAUUCAGCCUCCAAAGACCGUACCGUAAAGGUAUGGAGCUUAGACGAGCUGGCAUACAUCGAGACUCUCUUCGGUCAUCAAGACCAAGUAGUGGACAUCGACGCGCUUGCACAUGAACGAUGUGUGAGUGUGGGCUCUCGAGAUCGUACGGCCCGAUUAUGGAAAGUUGUCGAAGAGACCCAGCUCGUAUUUCGUGGCGGAUCGAUCGACAAGAAGCAAAAGCCAAAUAUCGAUCCGCGAUCACUGGCCCACGAGGGCAGUAUGGAUCGUGUGGCUAUGAUUGACGAAGAGCUUUUCGUCACGGGAAGCGAUAACGGCUCGAUAGCUCUAUGGAGCAUACAAAAGAAGAAGCCACUCUUCAUCUUACCACAAGCUCACGGACUCGAGAACCCGUUGCUACCCACGGAGGCGUCAGCCGAGGUGAACCCUGAUCCCAAGAUUGUGCCACCCCCGCAACCAAGGUGGAUCACUGCUUUACGCACAUUACCAUACUCUGACCUCAUCCUGAGCGGCAGUUGGGAUGGCUACGUUAGGGCCUGGAAGUUAAGUAGCGAUAAAAGGAAGAUCGAGCCUGCAGGGAUCUUGGGCAAUCCAUCCUCCAGCGUUGAGACUACAUCAAAUGGUGCAUCUAUUGCUGCUGCUGCUGAUGAUGAUGAUGAUGCCGGUGACGAGACGAAAGCCAACGGCGCAAACGGGACGAAACCAGAGCCUUGGUUGGUCAAGGGUGUAGUGAACGACAUUGCCCUGUUCGAGCGGGGAGACCGCGGGAAAGACGGGCUUUGUGUCGUAGCCGGCGUGGGUAAGAACCACCGGCUGGGUGGGUGGAUCAAUUUUAAGAAGGGGAAGAACGGCGCCGUUGUAUUCGAGGUGCCGAGGGCGAAGAAUAGUCUCGAAAAUGGGGCCGUGGAUGCAAAGGCAUAGAAGCAGAAUAGUAUACAAAAGUUAAAGAGGGAGAGAGGAGAGGAGGCGAGGGAGGGAGGGAGCAUGGGAGC